CCUGCACGCGCACGCGCGGGCUUUCCGGGCGCCGGUAUCCCCGGGGGCGCGAGGCCGAGCACCAUGGCGGCCGCCGCUGCCCUGCUGCGCGCGACACCCCGCUUCAGUGGUCUCGGCGCCAGCCAGACCCCGUUCCUGCAGGGUCUGUUGCGGCCACUGCAGGCCCGGGCAUGGCCGGUGUUGUGCCGCGGCCUGGCGGUGGAGGCCAAGAAGGCGUACGUGCGCGACAAGCCCCACGUAAACGUGGGGACCAUCGGGCAUGUGGAUCACGGCAAGACCACACUGACCGCGGCCAUCACCAAGAUUCUGGCUGAGGGAGGCGGGGCCAAGUUCAAGAAGUACGAGGAGAUUGACAACGCCCCCGAGGAGCGCGCCAGGGGCAUCACCAUCAACGCAGCCCAUGUGGAGUACAGCACGGCUGCCCGCCACUAUGCCCACACGGACUGCCCGGGGCACGCAGAUUAUGUCAAGAACAUGAUCACUGGCACUGCCCCCCUGGACGGCUGCAUCCUGGUGGUGGCAGCCAAUGAUGGCCCCAUGCCCCAGACCCGCGAGCACCUGCUGCUGGCCAAACAGAUCGGGGUGGAGCACAUCGUGGUGUACGUGAACAAGGCCGACGCCGUCCAGGACUCGGAGAUGGUGGAGCUGGUGGAGCUGGAGAUCCGGGAGCUGCUCACCGAGUUUGGCUAUAAAGGGGAGGAGACCCCUGUCAUCGUGGGCUCUGCGCUCUGUGCCCUCGAGCAGCGGGACCCGGAGCUGGGCGUCAAGUCCGUGCAGAAGCUGCUGGAUGCCGUGGACACCUACAUCCCUGUACCCACCCGUGAUCUGGAGAAGCCUUUUCUGCUGCCCAUCGAGUCUGUCUACUCCAUCCCUGGCCGGGGCACGGUUGUGACGGGGACGUUGGAGCGUGGCAUCCUGAAGAAGGGGGACGAGUGUGAGUUUCUUGGACACAGCAAGAGCCUCCGCAGUGUAGUGACAGGCAUUGAGAUGUUUCACAAGAGCCUCGAGAGGGCAGAAGCAGGGGACAACCUCGGGGCCCUGGUCCGGGGCCUGAAGCGAGAGGACUUGAGGCGCGGUUUGGUCAUGGCCAAGCCGGGUUCCAUCCAGCCCCACCAAAAGGUGGAAGCGCAGGUUUACAUCCUCAGCAAGGAGGAAGGUGGCCGCCACAAACCCUUCGUGUCCCACUUCAUGCCUGUCAUGUUCUCUCUGACUUGGGACAUGGCCUGUCGGGUCAUCCUGCCUCCAGGGAAGGAGCUGGCCAUGCCCGGGGAAGACCUAAAGCUCAGCUUGAUCUUACGGCAGCCAAUGAUCUUAGAGAAAGGCCAGCGCUUCACCUUGCGAGAUGGCAACCGGACCAUCGGCACGGGCCUGGUCACAGACACACCGGCCAUGACCGAGGAGGACAAGAACCUCAAGUGGAGUUGAGUCUGGACUGCACUGGUGCUCGUGUUGAGGGCUGCCCUGGCCAGUGUCCCCUCCUGCUUCUGGUGCCCCAUGUGGGUACAGGCUGUGACCCAGCUGAGCACAGCUAUGGACACUUACCCAGAGGGCGGGUCUGCCAGGUGAGGUGGGCCAAUAAACUGUUCUGUGAAUAGUAA